AUGGACAGCCGAAAUUUCGAUACAGAAAAAUUAAUAUUUGAAUUAGAAAAUCGUCCUGCUUUUUGGAAUUCUGCAAGUGAAGAUUAUGCAAAUCGUAUUUUAAAAAAGAAGAGUUGGGAAGAGUUGGUGGACAUAUUCAAAACAAAAUUACGUAAAUUACCACCAGAUACUGAUGAAAAUGAAGAAAUCGUAGUUGAAAGCCCUUUUACAAAUGAAACUAAUGAUGAAUUACAUAACAAUGCAACUAGUGGUCUAACAAAGAAAAAAAGAAAACAAAUUGCAAUGCAUCCGGUUGAAAAAGAAAUUGUAGAAGCAUUACAUAAAAGUAUUCAACUUCGUCAAGAACAAAACCAACAAAUGGAAGAAGAUGACGAUAGAAUGUUUUUGUUGUCUUUAUUAAAACCUUUAAAACAAAUACCGAAGCCUUUACGUUGUUCUGUUAGAAUGGAUUUAAUGAAUGUAAUAAAUUAAGCCCAAGUUAAUUCACAGUCAGCUUCUUUAAUAUUUCAACCACAGCAUCAACCUCUACGGCAUAAAAUAAUGCCACAAACUAAUUUACAAUAUUUACCUUGGACUAUGUAUCAACCACAUCAACAAAUACAUCAUACCUAUAAUCAAGCCCCAAACAGAAAUUAUCCAAAAAUUUUCAAAAUCAGAUAAUUGUCUGAAUUCUUGCUGAGAUUAGAGUUAUUUUUAUUCUUGUAUGAAGAGCUUGAAGAAAACGAAUCCAAUAAAUCAGAGAUCAUCAAAAUCA